AUGGAUUACAACAGUCUCAUCUCAUGCAUCAAUCAGGCCGAGUCUCUGUCCGAUCCUCAGGUCAUUAACAGUGAACAACGUCAACGUCUUCGACAAGCGUGCGAAAAGCUUUCGGCGCGCCUUGAAACCCCGCUGGAUAGACUGAGAAGGGUUACGUCUGGGUGCUAUGAGCUCCCAUUCUUGAAGUUGGCCGUCGAUACAGGCAUCUUUGAUCUCUUCAACGAGCACAAGGAGACUGGCGCGGAAUUCCAUGUGUCUGAGAUUGCCGCACACACGAAAACUGAUCCGCUUCUCAUAGGCCGCAUUGUUAGAUUUCUGACUGCUGUCGGCUUCUUUGACGUGACGGUGGAGGGCAAAGUCAAGGCCACCAGGUUUUCCCAAAGCGUCACUCCUAAGAGCAUAGUCCACGACUCCAUUCUCUUAAGUGGGCUAUAUGCAGCGCCGUUUGUCCGGCUUCCAUGGUAUUUGAAGGAAACCAAAUAUCAGAUUCCAGACAAUGGAUAUUCAGGUCCAUUCCAAUACGCUUUGAACACCGACCUGCACUUCUUCGACUGGCUGGACACGCACACCCCAGAACGCGACGCAUUCCACCGCAUGAUGGAGGCCUCCAAGAGCUCGACAUCAGCCAACUGGACUGACUAUCUGACGGAAGAUCGAUUCCAGGAACUAGUCAGUUCCAAUCAAACACCCUUCACCUUUGUUGAUGUUGGAGGAGGCUUCUUUGAUCCCCAGCCCGUCCACAGUGCAGAUGUCUAUCUUCUUGCCCGCAUCCUGCACGACUGGCCGGAUGUGCAGGCGCGACAGAUUUUGGCCCAUAUACGGGAGGCAAUGGGACCCGAGUCCGUUCUCUUUGUCUUUGAACGUGUCUUCCCAGACGCCUUGCACGAGACAAACCCCGGCGAUGUUGUCACUGAUGCGACGAUGAUGGCGAUUUUUGCCUCUUUGGAGCGGUCCGAGGGUCAAUUCAAAGACCUCUUCGAUUCGGUGGGCUUGAAAAUGGUGCAUGCAUGGCGCCGCCACGCAGAAGAUGACGUUCAAGCCGUGUUGGAGAUUGUCCGGUCGUAG